UUGUUUCUAUUAAAAUGUGUGAUUAUCCGUGUUCGAUCUCAAUACCGAAGAAAAAAUUUCGUAAAUUAACAAUGCUACUACUCGAUUGUUGGCAACGUGAAUAUGACAAACGUCCAUACCGUAAUUUUAAAUUUGAACGCUUAAAGUAUGAGGACCGUUUGGAUAGAAAUUAUGAUCCCGAACAAGAUUUCGUCACCAUUAUAUUGUUUUUAAGAAAACGCUUUCUACGCAGCAUAAAAUUGGUGGCUUUAAAUGUCAUGCAUCAACAAAAUGCAAUAAUUAAUGAAUUCGUAGAAAGUUUGCAAAAAAUAAGACAUAUUGAAUUAAAAUUAAUGAAUUUGCCUGCAGAAUUUUUUCAAUCACUAGCCAAUAAUGUAGAACAAAUGAAAAUGGUGGAGUUAUCAUUGGAAGGCACUCCAUUAAACGAUAAUGACAUUUGCCAUUUACACUCCUUCAUAAUUAAAUCGAAAACAUUGCAAAUUUUAAAUGUCUCCUCUUGCGGCAUCAAUCAGUAUAAUUUUGCACAAUUAGCAGAUGCCAUUUACAAAUCCCAAACUUUAAUCUCUAGCAAUGUGUCUCAUCUUUUGGGCCUGCAUUUGGCAAUGGAUUCCGAGAAAAUUGCUCACAUUAUUGCCUCUCUAAUAUGGCAAAAUAAAUUACAAGUACUGGAGCUAGAAAACUGUUGUCUUACAGGCCAUGAUAUGGACACUAUUGCCGAGUAUUUGUAUAGCAAAUCUUCAAAAUUACAAAGAUUGAAUGUAUCCUAUAAUAAAAUUGGCGCAAAUGGUGCCCUGGAUCUUUUUAAAGCCGUUUCCAGUGGAAACGUUUUAAGACAUUUAGAAAUGAGUGGUUGUAGUUUGAGUUCACAUGGCGGAGAAAUAGUGGCACAAUAUUUAAGUUCUUGUUGGAGCUUAGAGUCGUUAGCUUUAUGUUAUAAUAAUUUUGGAGCUGAGGCUAUCAAUAUGAUUUUAUUGUGUAUGAAAAAGUCUUGUCAAUUGCAAAAAUUGUAUUUAUAUGGCAACACAUUUAAUGCUCGCACAGGAGACAUUUUAAGGAGAUUAUUGGAUUCGGGAGUUUUGCCUCAAGAGUAUAUAGAUGUAACGGUGACUUUUGACGAAGCAGUACCCGGUUAUAGAGUGAUACCUUGGUUAUCUUAA